AAAAUCCGAGCUUUAAUUUUUACAAAAGUGUUUUCGUUUGAACUUAAUUGAUUAGGCAGUUUUGUGGCCUACUAAACCACGUGAUACAAGUUCUUAUUGAUGGAAAACGCCUGUGUCGGUGUCGGUACAGGAUCUGCUCGGCUGCAGGAUUGGUAAAUAAAACAAAACAUGACAGCACAAUUAUUAUUCGUGUCUUGUUCAUCAAGCUUUACUCGUCUCUGAAGCCCCGAUCUAACGUGUUGAAUUGGGAAGCUCUUGCGCAUGCGCGUCUUGGUGUGGUUUUUGAAAUAAUGUCGAAGUUAAAUUGUGACAUAAAUGACAGAGUUUAAGGAUUUUAGUCGGACUUUUAUCGUACUGUUUAGCCUCACAGGCUAGCCUCAGUUAGCGCGCGACGUGCCGUGUUUUCUUCCGUUUGUUUACGAUGGUGGUAGAGGUAGAACGCUUCUUCGGUGUGUACAUGCUCUACUGUACGAAUCCAAAGUUCAAAGGUCGUAUCUACGUCGGCUUCACCGUAAACCCCGAGCGGCGGAUUGGACAGCACAAUGCUGGGAGACACAGAGGAGGUGCCAAGAGGACCAGUGGGAGAGGACCCUGGGAGAUGGUCCUCAUCAUCCAUGGCUUCCCCUCAGACAUCGCUGCUCUAAGAUUUGAGUGGGCGUGGCAGCAUCCCCAUUCUUCUCGAAGGCUCUCCCACGUAUCCCGACGUACCAAAAAAGAGUCGAGCCUGCAGUUCCACUGGCGUGUGGUUUCCCACAUGCUAAGGGUCGCUCCGUGGUGCAGGCUACCGCUGACCGUCCGUUGGCUCAAACAAGAGUACAGCAUGGACUUUCAGCCCAGUCUGCAGCCGCCCCUGCACAUCCCUCUAGCUUUUGGUUGUGUGAGGGCCAAAAAGAGGUUGCCGAUGUCCUCUGACCCAGAAGAAGACACAGCCAUGUGUUUUCUCUGCAAGCAGCUGAUAAAAGGCUCCGAGAAGCUGAACUGCGUUCACCCGUCUUGUAGGAUGAGCAGUCAUUUAAGCUGCCUUGCUAGAUAUUUCCUCAGGCAUGAUCCAUCCCACCUGCUUCCUGUGGAGGGAGACUGUCCAUCCUGCCACCGCUCAGUGCUGUGGGGGAGCCUCAUCCGUUACAAACUUGGCUGCUUUGGCGACCUGGAGAUCACACCAUGUGGCUCUCAGAGCCACUGGGCCGAUGAGCUGGAGCUGUGAAGAACAUGCCAGCUAUGAGCCGCAUCAAAGCCUUUUGGGUGAAAUAGGAUUUUGCUACGAAGAUGAAACGUUGAUGCUCAUCUUUUCGUUAUUUCUUGUGUAGAAUUUGUUAAAUUAUUAAUUUGUGAUUGUUAGUAAAAUGUUGCUCCUAGUGAGGGACAAUUUUAGACACUUAAAAGUUUAACAAAACAAAAUUUAAUGGAUCAUUUUCUGUGGCACUUUAUUUCAAACACAUUUGAAAUUUUUUUUUGUCUUGACAGAAAGCAAAAAAAAAUAUUUUAACCUGAUUAAAAGUCAAAGCUCCAAAGAAAGCAUGAUGGCUGACAGGCAAAGUUCUUGUGUAAUAUCGUCUAAAACAGCUUUGGUACUGUCAGCACAGAGGUGGGGCUGAUGAUUUGGGCCAGGUCACAGGACAGAACCAUGAUCCAAACACAGCAGCAGAUCUACCACAGAAUCAAGGUGAUGCAAAGGUCCAGGGUCCAGAUCAGAACCCCACUGAGAUGCUUUGGUGAUGCCGGAACAUUCCACGUGCACGAAGCAGAACCAGAGGUCUGCAGAUGUAAACCAUUUAGGUGAAUACAUAUUUUAACACGCACAGUGUAUGAUAUACAUACAUAUGUGUACAUAACUAUGUAGAAUACUGUAAAGAACAAUUUCACUAAUAUGAAUUCUAAUGAAGAGUUAAAGCGUCUGUGAAAGCCUGGCUACAUGAUUAUACGUAUUUAUGUAUUAGAGGCAUUAAGUGGUGUGAUUAGAAACAAAGCAAAGCUAAUAAUGUGGCUACUGUUGGUCCUGUUACCUUCUAAUGAUGCGUGUUUAUGUUUUUGGGUAGUGGGCUACCCAGGUUUCUACAGCAGUCAUUUCCUCUAUUGUAAUUUAUGGUUUGAUUAUUUUUGAUAAUCAGUCAUUUAUUUAUUUUUUGCAGCAUUUUUUUGAUCAAUUCUGGUUGUUUAAAUGUGUUUUAUGAAUAAAACCGAUCUAGUGAGUUUUAA